AAUAAUCAUAAAAAAGAAUUUUAAAAUAUAGGUAGUAAAGAACUUGUGUUUGCAAGUCAGGUGUAAGAUCUCUUUUGAAAACAAUUCCUGUAGACUUUGGAGAUGAAGAUUUGGAAAUCUUAGUGGACCAUUUCUCACCAAUAUUGACUAAGGCGGGAUUCAAUGCUGAUGAGAUUUAUACUGAAUGGCAGAUGCUGAAAAACAUGAUCUAUAAAAGUGACUGUGAUGUGUAUCAGUUGUCCUGGGAGGAGGUGAAUCAUAAAUACAAGGAAGGACAUCAAAACUUCCUUGCUCUAGUGGACAUAAUUUUGUCCCUUCCCACUUCUUCUGCUGAUGCUGAGAGGGGAUUUAGCGAAAUGAAAAUGGUUAAGACAGACUGGAGAUGUAGACUCCGUUCUGAGGUCUUAAAUGAUUUAAUGCAUAUUCAGUUUAACACACAAGAUGUGUUAAAGUUUAAUCCUUUGCCUGCAAUUCACCUAUGGAACUCAAGUGCUGUCAGACCAAGGAGGCCGUUCUACAAUAACACGGAUGAGAACAAUAAUUACAGCUCUGAUGAGGAAGAUUUAACACCACUCUAUUCUUUGGCCAAAAAAGUGGUUGACUAA